UCUUGCAAAGAAGCAGCAAACAUGAACACACGAGUGUUGGCGCUCCUGCUUGUCCUGGCGUUGCUGCGGGAGACCAGCGGGCACGGGCGACCGCCGCCGGGCUUCGCGCGGCCCCUGGGACCGAGAGGCGGACCCCUGCCCCCGCCCCCGCCGCCGCCACGGCCCCCGCCGCCCCCGCCCGGCGGCGCGCUCGCGUUCCGCCCCCGGCCACCCGGCGGCGCCACCGUCAUCAGCCGGAAGACAGAGACGUUGGUGGUCAAGAGCGGGUUCGGCGCUUGACGCAGCGCGCACUACUGCCAACGUCGGCGCUUUUUUUUUUUUUCCAGUUUCCAAACUGGUGACGCUUCUUUUACCCGGAAUUACGCCAGAACUCAUCUAAAAAAGCAUACCUGCAGAUAUCACAGUUCAAGCUGUGGUAGCUUUGGUAUUGUCACUGUCCGGAGACAAGACAACAUUCCUGGCGGCGAAUUCAACGCUAGUUCUGUGUCCGAGCUACCAGUGGCAGUGCUACCAACCUUCACUGUUUUGGUUACAUGUUUGAUUUAAAAAACUCAUUUUAAAUCGAAACUGUAUUUUUUAUCCAGAAAAAAAUAUGGCCUUAAAACUAAUUAUUUUACAUAUAUACUAGGAUACCUGAUAUAAAUGUUUAUAAAUUUGCUAGUUUUUAAGGAAACAUGAGAAUAUUUUAUAACCUGUCUUAAUAGAACAAAGUUUAUGUGUGUUAUUUUAAUAUGAUGGUCAAUGAUUAUUGUCCGAAUAUAUUUUUAAAUAACUUAUUAAUUUCAUGUUUACGUCACUUCCAACAGUUUAUUUUAUAAUUGAAUUUUUCAGCAUCCAUAUAUACAUACAUUUUAAUAAAAAACAUUAGAAAUUGGACUAAAUACAUUUUAAUAAUGAAGGGAAAUGAAAUUGUCUACCGUGUUUUUACAGGGGUAAGAUCUUUGUGAUAGGGAAACAUUAUACGGUGAUUUGUUGCUUAUAUAGCGAAAAUAUAUUUUAACACUUAAUAAAAAAAUAACUUUAUUCUUAACUUUUAUUUAUACAGGUGCAUAGUUCUCGUAUCAAUCACUCUAAGGACAUAAAAGUCGCAAAUUUGUUUUGAUUAUAUUUUUUUGUAAAGUAUCACCAGCUGGCAUUGUUUGUUUUGUUUUGAAUCAUUAUACAUAAUAUACAUAUAUGGGAUGUAACUUAUACAUCAUGUCUGGCCAAAAAAAAAAUUUGUAACAAUUAAUUUGAAAUGACACAAACAGACCAUCUGUAAUUAUUGGCCAGCAGAUGAUUGGGAUGUGAACUAUUUUCAAGUUGAUUACGAAACAUGAACGAUGCAAUUAAUUUGCUACCGCAGGGGGAAAGGGGAAGGGGGAAGGAGGAGGCAGCUAGGAACUAUGCAAUGCCCAGCUUCCAUCAGAGGGCAGUAUUGUUUUACCUUGUUAGCAGCUUCGCGCGGAAACUUGAAGCGUUCCUCAGGAGAACAGCCAACCGCCGACGGCAACGAUAAUUACGACGCGAUAAUUACCUUUAAUAACCCCCAUAACAAUAAGCCCAAGUAAGACCAAACAUCGCAAAAGUUCACUAACUUUUUUUUUUUAAAUUUAACCUAUGUACAUAUUUAUAUACUUGCGCAAAUGGCUAUUUCUUACGAUUUUUUUCCCUUGUGUUUUACUCGGAAAGAACGCAGAGGAAACUUCAACUUCACAGCCACACGUUGUUCGUGAGAGUCAGCCAUUUUUUUUGUCACGUCACACACACAGAACCGCCAGAGAAACCACACUUGUCGUUUUCGGGUGACGCCAAUCGGCGGACUGACUCCUCAGGAGAGGUUCUACAAACAGC